UUUGAGAACUGUUGAAGUGCUUUGCGAUAUUUGUUUGUUUUACUUUUAUUAACAACAAAACAGGUCGUCUGCUGUAAAUCAGGAAAACAUUUUUAAAACGUGACAGUUAUUUUACCACUAUGGCUGUGAAUUUCAAUGUUAUGUUUUGUCGGCAUCCGUGCCGGGUGUCAGAUUUUUUGAGGUUUCAAAGAAGAUUCAAACAUAAGAAUACUCACUGGUCUGUCAUUGCAAAGAGGAAAUCACCGAAAGAUAAAGCAUUAGAACAUUUUGAUGAUUUUUACAAGUCUAUUUAUGGGAAACAAUGGCCAUCAAUUCGGAUUGGUCUGUUGUCUCCUCACAAAUAUUGUGCAGUCAUUAACAACUUUGGAGAUACUGAAACAACUGUGGAAGACCUAGAGAAUCAAGGAGCAAUAAACAUAAGAAGACUAUUUGAAAUUGAGGCUGAAAGAAUUAAAGCAAAAAAAUCUGAAACCACAAAACGGAGGCGGCUGGAAAGAGUUUUUGAAAUGGAUAGGAAGAUGGAAAAGGAUAUAUCUUCAAAACAAGGACAGUUGGCAUCAUCAAACCAAGUGGGAGAUCAUACUGGAGCUAAAAGUGCAGACUCAGCUUAUGACAAAGAACGGCAUCAAAUUGAUAAUCUACGCAUUAUUGAUCCCUCAAUUGGACUGUCAGCUGGUGCACUCCAGGAAUUUGUCCCUGCUACCCAACUGAAGGGACUGGAUGACUAUGUUCCUGAAUCACAACAUUACAAUUACUAUAAGGAUGCUUCUGACUUUCCAGUUGUGAUUAAAAGUGAAGAAUCUCUCAAUUUUCCUAAAUACUUGAAUGUAUUCACUUUUGAAAGAGGAAAUGUAAUGCCAUUUCCAGAACCAAAAACUGGAUCAACUGGAGUUUUAAACUACUUUUUGCUUAAUGGGUCAUCCCUGCUGCCAGUUUUGGCACUUGGUGUGGAGCCUGGUGAUGCAGUGCUGGACAUGUGUGCAGCACCGGGUGGGAAGUCUUACAUGAUACUGCAGACGCUUCAUCCUACGUAUCUCGUUUGUAAUGAUAUUCAGCACUCAAGAGUCAGAAGAAUUAAGUCAAUGUUCAAACAGUAUCUAUAUGACUUUGAAAAAUGGGAAAAACAAAUCAUAAUUACUGAAGGUGAUGGAAGUGCAAUUGAUGAAGAAGACUUGUAUGACAAAAUUUUGGUUGAUGUCCCCUGCACAACUGAUAGGCAUAGUGUUACUGAGAAUGACAACAAUAUAUUUAAACCAACACGAGUGAAGGAACGACUCCGGCUUCCUGAGCUACAAGCAAAACUUUUAAGCAAUGCCUUGAGAAUGGUGAGAGUUGGUGGGUCUGUGGUUUAUGCAACAUGCAGCUUGUCUCCAAUCCAGAAUGAUGGUGUUGUACACAUGGCUUUGAGAAAGAUCUGGGAAGAAACCAAAGUGCAGGUGGAAAUCAGAGAUCUGACGUCAGCCCUGGAUUCUGCUAGAAGCAUUUUCCGUUUCAGCCACAGAAAUGGCUCGCGUUAUGGUCAUCUAGUUCUGCCAUUCCUACCAUCCAACUUUGGGCCACUGUAUUUCUGCAAAUUCAUGAGGACUGCAUGAAGCAUAAUAAUUAGCUGUGAAUAUUUUGUUAACAAAUAUUGUUUAUUAUUGCAAAGUGUUAUUUGCACAUACACAUCACUUGUACACAUUUCAACAAUAUUAAACACAAUGUAACUUUAAAUAAAAUUAUCACAAAAUAGGAAUAAUGCUUGACACUAUUUAAAUUAAAUAAGUCAUCAACACCAA